GGUAGGAGAGGGGAGUGUGAGGGGAGUCAGGAGGGUGAGGGAGUUAGGUGUGGGAAGCGGGGAGUGAAGAGUUGCAGCACCGCCCACCGCCUCAAAACCGCCCACCGCCCACCACUGCAGUCGAGACAAAAAGAUACCGGACGGAGACAAAAGCCGCCGGGACCGGGGAGCCGAGGCUGUCGCCCCUCCCGAGGUCGGCAGAUGUCUGUGACCGACCUGUUCGGCUCCAUCACCACCGAGACGCUGAACGUCUCCAUACCGACCGAGUCGGCGCCGCCAGACGUCGGCUGGUAUCUUAUUUGCCCGAGCUACGGCAAAAUCAACCAUGUCUACUUUCAGCUGGCCAACUUCUUUCUGUUCCUGUCGUACCUGGCGCCGAGCGGCCUCGGCGGGCUGCUCUACCUGCGAGCCACACUGGCCGUCGGCCUGUUCUUCCUCUGGCUCUGGGGCUACGUCGUGCUCUGCUCGCUGGAUACGUUCGCCUGGAACUUUGUCUGCAUGUGGAUCAACGUCGGGCAUGUCAUCUAUCUCCUGUGGACGCUGCGGCCCAUUCGAUUCGAGAAGGAACUCGAACAGGUGUACGGCGCCACAUUCGCGCCCCUGAACGUCAACCGGCGCCAGUUUCAGCGCGUGCUGCGCUGUAUGCGCGCCAUACGAUCCGUCAGCUGCCGGGAGAUGAUCAUUGAGGAACAGGCCACCCGCGUCGACAGCCUGACACUCGUCCUCUCUGGACAGUUCGUGGUCUCCCAGGGAGGAAAGGCUCUCCACGUGGUGUCGAGAGACCAGUUUCUCGACUCGCCCGAGUGGUUUUCAGUGCUCACCGACGACUAUUUCCAGGUCAGUGUGACCUCUCUACAAGAGAGCCGAGUGCUUGUCUGGCACCGGGACAAGCUCAAACUGAACAUCAUGGAAGACCAGUUCCUCAAGGCCGUGUUUGAUAACGUUUUGGGACGGGACGUCGUCCAGAAACUUUUGCAGGUGGACAGGAUAUUCUCGUCGGGCGGAGGUCUAGUGCCGGGCAGUGGCGAGGCGGCCCGCUUUCUGGACCGACACUCGACGCUGCUGGGGACUCCGGGGACGAACCGCAGUCCGGUGGAGACCCGCUCCGGUGCGAGGGACGCCGAGAGGAUAGAGGAAUAUGAGGACCAGACCAGUUGGCGACUUCUUCCGAUCGACGAGACGACCAAGAAUGGAACGCGUGUGUGAGCAUACCACCUGUGAACUGUGACAGAACACAUGACCCCCUGUGAGAUAUAGCACGUGCCACGAGAGUCGGGUGUCCCAUGAGCUGGACCAGGUUUCGAGGACCAUGAGAGUGACCGACGGCAGCGGACGGUAGACGUGUGUCACUAAUCAUACCCCCACAGAACGCGAGCUGCCGUCGACCGGUCCAUGUGAAUUGUACUUUAGGAUACCACGGACAGAGUCGCUGCACAAUCUUACAGACGUGGUUCACUUCAACCUUAUCUCGUCUUCUCAGCACGUUGGCGGUAACGAUGCCACCGAAGUUCUGAGCUUGUGAUGAGACAAUGGAUGAUACUGCAAUGACCAUUGACGCAACGGAGUCCACUGGGAACGGUAUAAGACUGACAAGAGUUUACUUGAAGUAUACUCAGUGAUGGUCUUAGAUUGGUAAAAUGAAAUUGCAGUCGCAGAAGUAUUCAGCGUAUGCAGUUACCGCUAAGUGCUAUCUAUUGUCUUUGCACUCAAAUUCGCAUAGUCAAUGGUCAGUGUUUAGGUUCAACAUAGCGUUGCAAUUUCGGUAACCUUCAUUCAAGCAAGAUGUCAUCAUAAGUUAACCACAGCGGAAGAAUUUGUACGCAUAAAGGCAUACCCUUGGACCAAUGGAGACCAAUCCGUAGGCAGGGGCUUUCUCUUCAGAAGUUCCUAAAAUCAAACAAUCAGUGAGUAAAUUCGAUAGUGCCUAACCAAACCUAGUUUCAGUUUGUGUCUAUGUGACGUUCUACGCUUCAGCUCAUGAUGACGAGCCCGUUGGCCUGCAAAAUGCAGCUGUCUGUGUUUUGUACUGAACGAUGGAGCACACCGGUUUGUAAUUCAUUUGCGAUGUUGUGCAGCGUAUGUGAUCUUUUUACAGCGAAUGGUCAACUGUGAGGCACAUAUCUAAGCUGAUAAUUGGGAUGGGGAGCUACUAUCAUGCUGUAUUUACAUGUGAAAUGCUCUGACUGGAAACAGUCAUGCACUUUGAUAUUAUGACAUGAUGAUUAGUGACUGUUGCUGUCAACAUUGAUUCAUGGUAGUUUGUAGAUGAGCUAAUAAUUAAUUACAUUGUUCUCCCUUUAACCAUUAACAUGAAUAUUAUGAAGAUGCCUUGCUUAGAUUGCACCUGUCAUCGCCACAUUGCCUGCUGUUAGUCUUGAAUCACUUUUUAAACUAGUUGACAUCACUAUAGCCAAACCCUGUAACGCCACUAGGAGCCCAUCGCCAAAAGCGCCCUUCAGGUCAACAUUGUGCAGUGGCCAUGCGAUACCUGUAGUGAGCAAGCACGCUGCCCCAAUACCUUGCUUACCUUCACAAUAGAUACUGGGGCAUUCCACGUCAAAUCAAACACCGAAAUCCGUCAUCCCCUUCGAUUUUUCUGAAAAUUUGUAGGCAGACUGGGCAUGGUUCAAAACUGAGUUACGUAUAACAUUUUCGAAAUUUGAUAACGUAUCGCUGAGAUAUAGGUCAUCGAAUAUAGCGAAAAAUGCCACACAUCAAUUUUUUAAAUGGCUAUAACUCUGGUUCCUUUUCUGGUAUCAAAAUGAUAUUAACAGGGUCUUAUAGGCAAUUGAUAAGGCUUUGAUUUUUAAUUAUAAAAUUAAAUUGAAGUGACUUUGAAAUGCAUUUGACCUUGAAUUAAAACAGAAAAAUUUAAAUAGCAAAAAACACGUCACCUUCGAUUUGGGUAAUUUUUACAUAUUAUGUCCGUCACAAUGUUCCUAACCAUCUGUGAAAAAAUUGGAGUGGGCCAUUCAUAACUUUCGCGGCAAACGCCGUUUUCAUGCAUCAACAUCACGCAACCGCGCGUGACCUUGAAAGACAGAGUCAAGACAUGCUUGCUUGUGCACACUUUCUGAAAUGAAUGAUUGCUGAUUAGUGAUAUCCCAAACUCUGCGAGAAUGGAAAUGCAUAGUCAUAGUAGUCAAGCAUUCACGUUCCAUAGUAAAAGUGUCUCAGGCAAACGGUAUUUUGCGGUGAAUUUUGAGCCGUGUGGAAAUGCAUCAUGAAGUAAAUUCAACGAAAACAUUAUCAUGCAACGAUAUCUUCACGUCUUUUGAUCUUCACUAUACGAAAGAACAUACAUUUUUUAGUAAGUAUGGGGAAUUUCUAGUUAAUCCAAUAAUAAAUAUGGCAGUUAGAGGCCUGCUAAGAGUAACAUGUCGCCGGCUGAGGCGGGCUCGGCCGAUGCGGGAAACGCAGCAAUCACAAUUUUGUGUUUACACGUUCAUAUUUCAAUUGUUUACCAACCGAUUUUCAAAAUUCUUUCACCAUAAGAUUGCCUGUACAUUUCUUAGUCUUCUCACAAAAUUUGACGCGAAUCGAACGUAAUCAGCGGAAGGGAGCGCGAUGUAAAGACGGAACCGUUCCGUUCCGUCCCGGCACAGUCUACAAUUCAGGCGGCGCGUAGCGGUCGGCGCCGGCUGCCGAGUCGCCGCGUCGCUGCGGCGACAGGAUGUUCAAUUUACACCGCUAUUACUAGAACAGUUGUGAACCGAUUUUCUUAUUGCUUGCACGAUGAGAUGUCCAAUUCAAUUCUUGACAGGUAGCCAUAAUUAAUUUCGCAUUAAUCUUAUGAGAUAUUGGCGAAAAACAGGAGGGGUGGGCGAAAUUCGCUCUUCCCCCUCCACUGCGCGUGCUAACAUACGUUUGCAUAUGUGCAAUUUUCUCCAAAACUUAUGAAUGGCCCACUCUAAUUUUUUCAUAGGUUGUUAAGAAUAUGGUAGGCAAUAAAAUAUAUGAAAAUGAGCCAAAUCGAAGGUGACGUGUUUUUUGCUAUUUCAAUAUUUGUGCUUAAGAACAGAGUUAAGCAAAUUUCAAGGUCAUAUAUUUAAGUAGGUGCAAUUCUAAACAAGUGCUUAAGAAAUUACCUAAACAUUAAGGUUUAUUUCAUUCAAAUCAAACAAGUACAACCACAGAUAACAGUAGUACUACUGUUAUCUGUGGUACAACCAAAGUUAUGGUCGUUCAAAAAUAUAAAGAUGCAACAUUUUGUAAAAAUUUGAUGCCCUAUAUUUAGAAGACCUGUGGUCAGAAUGUGCAAAAAACAUCAAUGUAAUGUCAGGGGCCACACAGGAACUCGCUCACAAAUUUAUAAUGAAAUCGCUGAUGGUAAGGUGCAAAACAGCCGAUUUUUGUUCGAUUUGACGUGGAAUGCCCCUACUGGCACUCGCACAUAUAGGUAGCUCUCGGCAGACAGGGUAUGGAAUUCUCUUGGGACUUGGGGAUACGCUCUAUCAAAGUGGUCUCUGUAAUGCAAUAAGUCAGUGCUGAUGAGAGUCGUCCCAGUGCUGUCAUGCGGCGCUGUGUCGGGGUUACCCGCAAUGCCAGUGCUGCUCGCAAUGCUAGAGCUCCUCGCGGUGCAAGUGCUGUUGCCCGUAGUGCCAGUGCUCGUCGCGAUGCCUCGGCGCUGCGCGGUGGUCGGUCAGAGAUGUCGUUCGCGGAUCAAAUGUGGGCUGUUCACCUCAUAGCGUUCGCGUGUUUCAUUCUUCGGUCAUCAUGGUGGUCUGUGUUGGGGUCUUUGUCUGUUGGGUUAGUCGUGGUCAAUAUACAUGUACUUUGAC